CUCGCCUGGUCCAAUGACAAUGAUGAGACGCAGGUGGCUACCGAGAGCCAGAUCACGGAAGCAAUGGCACAGGCUGCAAAGGACAAGACUCCUGAAAGGGAUGAUAUGGAGAAGGAGCCGGAGCUUGCAAGGGCCAAGGCGGUUGAAUCUCUUGUGCCAGUUGUUGUGACUCGGGAGGACCAACUUUUAGCUCGGCAGCAGGGAAAAGCUGAGGCCGAGGCCAAGAAGCUGCAGCAGAAGAAAGAUAAAGAAGAGAAGGAGCUGAAGAAGAAAGAGAAAGAAAAUAAUGCUCACAAUGAAGAGAUUGCAGAUAAGAAGACUCGGAGGACAGCUGCUAAGAGCAAGGCCAAAAAACAGGCCGCUGAACCAAAGGAGCCUCCUGUGGCUGGGGAUGAAUGUGAGCAGGGAGCUGAGGGUGAGGAGCCCACGCCAUCGGCCCCAGCCUGUGGUGGUGGAAGGGCCCGAGGUGGUGGCAGGGGUCGGGGCGGCCGGGGCCAGAAGAGGGCAGCAAAUCAAGAGCAGAUCAACCCGACCCCUGUGAAGCGAGUCCGUGGAAAGCAAGCAGGCAAGGGAGCAGCAGGUGUUGCUGUGCCUGAGGAGGGGGAGCAGGCUGCAGGGCGACGCAAAAGGAGGAAGAGUGGCCUUGCCGAGACCCUCGAGCAAGGGAAGGCUUUGGCAAGGAGCAAGGCAGAGGCGCUAGCGCAGGGCGUUUCCCCAGAAGAGGAGGCAUCUAGACCCAGAUAUGUUGUGGUUUUCGUUGUGUGUGCAGAGAGGAUGAGAGAUUCAUUGCAUGAUGGAUGUUGUGGUUCAAUCAAGAUAUGUGUGCUCAUAUGUUGCCAAGGAAAAGACCCGUUGCAAGGGUCUCAUCUUGAAGACCAAUGGCACCCUGAACAAUUACACUUUGAUGGUUUAUUGGUCACGGCCUGGUGUUGGCAUCAAGAAGAAUGCUGA